UGACUCACUGAUUUCCCUCUGACUGCAAAACCAAUGUAGUCUCUAAGCUGAGGGUUGAAACGUUUGUCAGCCUGAACGCUGAUUUAGUUUCGGUUUUUGUAACGUACGCGUCGCUUGUUUUUCAAACCCGUCUAAAUAUUAUUGUGUGUGAUUUUCUAGUGGAAAUUAUCGUUAAUAGCGCAUGCGCGCCCUGGUUUCAACGUUUAUUUAAGAAUUUUCAUUUAGUUGUAAACACAAGCUUUAUGUACUUUGGUGUUGUGAUUUGAAACACAAAGCAAUGGAACGCCGUCGAGCUAAUCGCGCUUAUGUCAAAUUGCUCAGCCAUAGGAAGGAUGCACGGCGAAAGCACAAACACAAACAACUACAAAAAGAAAAUCUUUCGCAUCAUCGCCAGAGCGGCGCAGAGGAGACUGACUCUGAUGUUACACUAACCAAUAGUGAGUUCGUUGAUGCCACCGAUUCGCCACCGCCAGUCAGUGACGCUUUUAACUCAUUGCUACGUUCGCGCUCGAUGCGCACCUCCUUCCGCCUGCUCAAAGAUAAACUGCAUCAGACACGACAAAGCGCUUUUCAAUCACCAUUCAAAUUGCACACCCACUUGAGUUUACGCGCACGCAAGUGCAGCGAUAACGUCACAGCCGCCAACAAAACAACAGCAACAGCAGCGCGUCUGCUUGACGAACUGGAUUCGGUUGCGGCGCUGACAAGACCAAUGCAGCGACAACGACAUGUUCAUCAAGUGGACGAUGAUGAUGCAACCGGAGUUGCCACAACAACGCUGCAAUUAUAUGAACCGCAAGACUGCAGUGCUGCAACGCAUCGUUACGAAUGUAAAACCGCUGAAAUUGAACGGCUCAUGGCGGGACUGCCGCUGAGUGGUCGCGCGGCAAAGACAAACUUUUUAGCCGCCCAGUUACGUGUACCGCGCAAAGCAUGCAAAUUGCUACAAAUACCCGAGUCAUAUUGUCUGAAAUAUCUAAGUGAACAGCAACACAGUGCGGAUUUGAAAGCCGCUGGUAAAGUGUCAGUGACAGUGGCAUCGGUGAAGGCGACCGCAACUACAACAAUAGCAAAUCAAAAGUCGACAUAUUGGACGGAUAUAGCGGCGCAGGCCACAAUGGCCGUGCCUGACGGUCAAGAGCAAAAUUUCGAGGAGAAAAAUUUACUGCAAAUCUGUAGCGAUGGAAUUUAUGGUACAACGCGCAUGCGCACGGCGACAAUAAGGAAACCGGUGCCGUACCUGAAUAGUCACAAUAUUCUGCCGCAUAGUUUAACGCUCGAUCGUGCGACUUGGCGUAAAGCGCGUGUCGAUAAGCGUCAAGAGGCGCAAGAGGAAGAAGAAGAAGAUAGUGGUGGUGUAGGCAGUAGCUACUACUUCAUUGAUAACACACCUGACAAUGAUGAUGCAGAUGCCGACAACGUUGUGGUGUUGAGACGUGCAGCGUCUACGCACAGCAAAUUCAGUAGCAAUAACAAUAAUAACAACAGUAGUAGUAAUAACAAUAACCAUAACAAUAACAAUCGAAAUAGAAGUGAUAACCCCGAAGAACAAUACUACAGCACGAUACGUGCGCCAGCCAAACAAGUAGCGCAGCAGCCAUACAAUAACAACAACUCAACACAGCUGUUAGUAUCGGUGAGUGGUGAAAAUAGUGACGAUAAUGGCUGUGAUGCCGCGAAUACAUUCCGUUGGUCUGAGCAAUGGACGCCAAAUGUUGCUGUAGCCAAGAUACGCACGGCCAUCUCGUGUACGUCCAACGAUUUGCGUGAAAUGGAAUUUCUAUUGCCGCAAACGGGCGUAAAUAAUAUAGCAGCAGCAGCGACAAAAACAACAACAACAACAGCGAUAGCGAGCAAUGCGGUAAAAAUGGCAACAACAAUGCCAAUAAGUGUCACCAACACCAACAAUAAUAAUAACAGUCAUCACAACAACAACAACAACAACGUCAAUAGCAAUAAAAUUUUGAGAAUGACUGCGGACAAGCAGCACAGCAAUGGUCCUAGUAGUGGCCUGAGUGUAGCACGUCAAGCGCGUAACUCUGUGGCCGCACAACCGCUGGCGACACUAACGUCCAAACAACCGAAAAUAAAUGCGAACGAAUCACUGGAGUUGGCACUGAAACCGCCGAAUUUAGCCAUUUACCGACAGUCGGCAUUUGUGCGGACGAAAAUCAACGGCGACAGCAGCAUCAGCACCGAUGGUUUUAUCUCCAAUGUCGGCGCCGGCAAUUGCGGCAACACGCCGUAUCGCAAUAAAAUGUCGAAGAAACAAUUAAAGUUGGCUCAAGCGCAGCUGGACAAAUUGAAUCAGAUCAAUUUACAUCAACAUGCACUGUUUUCCGCAGUUGAACAUGGACAUCUUGACAAGGCGCGCACAAUUCUGGAAUCAACCGAUGUGGAUGUCAAUAGCAUAAAUAGUGAUGGCCUGUCAGCAUUGGAUGUUGCUGUUCUCAGCAACAAUCGGUCGAUGACCAAAAUGCUGCUGCAACAUGGCGCAAUUGAGGGCACACAAUUUUCUUCAGAUACCAUCGGAAACAAAUUGAAUGGUCUGCUCAAAGAUGCUGAGUCUCGUAUACAGGACUUGAGUGGCACAUCGGAUGGUGGGCUUUGUCAGCCCACAUUUGCAUCACGACCGUCCAUAUCCAGUAUUAUUAUCGGCAACACUGGCUCCUCCGUGACUGGCUGCACAGGCAACGAAAUCGAAAAGCAAAUCGGUAAUUGGGAGCGACGCGUGAAGGGUUUGCGACGCCUGUUGCUCGGCUGGGAUCAGACGCGCCCACCGGAUGCGCCCGCCUCGGUGGCGGUGGAUGUGACGGGCGACAACGCAAUAGCGCUGCAAAUACUCGAGCCGUUCGAAGGUGCAAUUGCCACGAAAUUCAAAGUGCAAUGGUCGACUCGUACGGAUUUCAGCAACAUUGUGGGCGAACGCGAAUUGGUCGACUGGAUGAGUUUUCACGGCAAUAUGGGCACACAGUUUCAGAUUGGCGGCUUGACGCAAGGACGCCGCUACUUCAUACGCGCUGCUUGUGGCAAUGUCAAAGGUUGGGGCGCGUAUAAAACGUCCGUGCCUGCAAGCGUCGUGCCAUCAAGUUGGCGCGAUUUCAAUAAUCGCGAAGAUCGUUAUGGAGGACGUCAGCGUGUUUUGGACAAUCUUUUUACGGCAGUACGUUUAGCGCGGCCGGCGGAUGUAUCGGAGUUGACAUUAGAUGUCGGUGCGGCACAGCGACGCAAUCCAAAAAAGAAGACGACGAUAAAGCAAUUAUUUUCGGUGGCAUCGAAAUUUCAAAAGCACUUAAGACGCGGCAUCUACUUGGCGAGCAUUGUUUAUUGUGAGGACAAAGUGCUGGUGACUAGUGAAGAUUUCUUGCCCGUUAUCGAAAUAGAUGAGACAUAUCCGAGCAGCUUAUAUAGUGAUUACCAUUGGCUUAUGAAAGUUGCCUGCACCUGGGACGAUGUGAAGUCUUUACGUACCGAUAUGGAGCGAAAUUUAACAUCCGCCGUACAUUUUCGCACCAAACUUCUGUCCGCGGUUUGUCAAAUGCAAUCGACGUUGGGUCUCAAUGACUUGGGACAGCUUUUUUACAAACCACUACGCGAUUCCCAUGGCACAGUUGUUUUGACCUGCAUACAGUCUGUGAAGAGUCAGAAAACCGUCUCCAUACUUAACUCGCGCUGGUUGCCGCUAAAUAAACUACAAAAGAAGAUUGUCGCACUGCUGGAGGACUAUAACAUCAGUGAGAUGUUAAUCUCGUCUAUCAGCGAGCAAAUACACUACCAUCAAACGUCAACGCAACGUCUAAAUCCAGGUCUAUAUUUGGGUUAUCUCAAAAUGCAAUGCUCCAUGGACCAGAUACAGGUGGUGGUGCCCGUAAAGACACCUAAUGUGCUGCCGCACUACAAGGUACGCGACAACAGUCACAUCACUGCCGAUGAAUGGCAAAUACUGAAGCGUAAAAAGUCCACAAACUGCAACAGUCGUAGCAAUAGUCCCUUGAAUAUGGCGCUGGAAUUCAAUACAAAUAGUGAAGAGACCACCGAAGGCCAACGUUUAUUCUUGUAUGAUCUCACCAAUGCUGCGCAUAAGUUAUUCACCUAUAUGAAUAUAAAGCCCGAAGAUGCCAAGACGCAUCGUCUGUAUGACAUCGAAGUUAUUGAGCACAGCAAAGAUAUUAGUUUUUUAGUAAUCUGUCCGGCCGUCGAGCUGGCUUGUGCCGUGCCUGGACAGUCAGAGUUGCUGUUACAACGCGACGAUCUCGCCAGCCUAAGCAUACAGGCCUUCGAGAUGAUACACCUACGCACUUACCAGCCUGGCAUCAUACAAAAAUAUGCACGCCUCUCUUGCAUACUGGAAUUGGAUACAGCGUUAGCCACACAUUCGCAACGUGAAGCCUUCUCCACAAGCGAACUGCAAACAGCCAAAGAACGCUUGGCAAAAUUGCAAGAGCUAUCAGCGAACUUGAAUGCCGUGUGGAAGAGCGUGCGUUGGCUAAUGGACGUAAUUGCGUUUGCACGCGACAAAAACGCACAAUCCUCAGAGGUCAUGAAAGACAUACUUGCCUAUGGCAAUGAUAGCGAUAAGUGCAGGGAGGGACGUGCUGUGGAAAAGCAGCUGCUGCAACCGCCAACACGUGAUGCCAAAUACACAAAAAGUUCCGGACGUGGCAGCUGGCCAGGACCGGGUGCCAAUUCACAGGGUUCCAGUAGUAACUGCUUGGCAGCCGAACAUUCCAAGUCCGAACAGAAUUUGGGGCGUAGCGCUAUAACGCCCACCUCCUGUGCAAACAUUAUACCGGCGCAACAGUCAACUACGAAAUCGCAGAGCAGUAGCGAUUCACGUAAAACUGUCAGCUCCGCCGGUACGCAACAAUUGCUACAAGUUAGUAUGGGUGGCUACACGAGUUCUGACGUCUCUCUACGCAAAAAUAGCGGUGAUUCAAUAACCUCAUCGCAGUACACAACGCGCAGCUACUAUUCGGGUGCCGAAUCGGCGCUGGGCAGUAACAACGAACUCGGACAGAUCUUUGCAAUACCACCCUCACGUUCCGACGACACACUAGGACUGGGCAGCUUGGAUGGUACAAAACACACACAUUCCGCAGGCACGCAUCGCAAACGCACCAGUUCCAACAUUACACAGCAUGUAACGACGCCAUCAUCCUUGGCCACCGCAACACACUGUUCCAGCUCAGCGCCUUACUUGCCCACCGGCUCAAAUCUCUCACUGAAAAACUCUUCAAACUCUGACUAUGACAUUAAAACGUCCAAGAUUAGCAGCCAAUCAGCCAUCGAGCAUUGUAUUGGUGGCAAAGUGAAGGCUGCCUCGAGCGCUAAUCUACGAGAUGGAGCUCUCUACUUUAAAACAGCUCAUGCUGCGCAGCCCAGCGGUGUAAAGCCUAUCAACAGUGAAGAAGCCUCCACCGCCGCUGCGUCAGCUACAACUGCAAAAACUGCCUCCAUAAAAAGUCUCUCGCGACAGAGCAGCGAAGAGGACACUGCGAGUGGAUCCAGUCACACCUCUGAACAAGCAACCAAUGCCGCCGCUCUGAGCAGUGCGCCCAGCUCAGGCAUCAUACAAGUCUACACUGCAUACAAUACGGGACUGGCGUCCGGUACUAGCCUCAAAUUGCACGUGACACCAAAGACAACCGCGCGUGAAGUGAUCAAUUUGGUCGUGAAGCAAUUGAAUAUGGCGGCAGUGCUAAAAGGCAAUAACGGACCUAUCUACACAGCGGAUAUGCUAGAGAACUUCUGCUUGGUGGCAGUGAUAGGCGCACGCGAACGUUGUCUGCGUGAUGACUUUAAGCCAUUGCAAUUGCAAAACCCCUGGCGCAAGGGCAGACUCUACGUGCGCCAAAAACACGAACUGCUGGCGGCCAUUGAGCAUGCAAAUCGGAAAUCACAUCUGAUUUGAGUGAUGUAUGAGGAGUUGUGAGCAUAAGAGAAGCCAAUUAAUAUAUGAAAGAGCUUUGCGCAUCUGCUGUCGUGUGGAGAACGAGGGAUGUUUAAAAUUUUGAAAUUAUUGUUGGUAAAGUUCCACACCUUGUAUAUUUUUUAAUCACAUUACCUGAUCCAACAAGCUUGUUAGUUGUAAGUAUAUAAAUGAGUUAUGGGGUAGGCUGGUGCUUAGUAAAUACUAGUCGUUAAUCAUGCCUUCGGAAUGCAAGAAGAAUGAAUUUGUGUUAGUAAUAUAUACUUGUAUACAAUACUUCUAAAAUGUGUACCGUUGGGAACUCAGAAUAUUUUAUACUAUAUAUAGCUGAAGCUGUUGACCAGCAAACGGGGCUAGCUUAGCCGAAGCAAUAAAUAACAGAUUUAUAUAUUUUUUUUUUGGUAUGUUGUUUUCGAAAUAGAAAUAAACUUAAAAUAUUUUAAAGUUAUGUCGUUCCUAUUUGUCCCGAUAUCCUGCUACUUUAACCUCUAAACUACAAGUUUUGCAUUCUGUAGCAAUAAUUAUCUUAUCAUUUACUAAGACUAUUUCCGCAGAAUUUCUACUCUUCGAUAAUAAAAAAAGCUUUAUGCCGCUAUAAUUUUUACUGAAAUUACUUGCAAAAAUUUAAUUUUUUCUUGUUAUUGCUAAUUCUUCCGAAAUAAAUUGGAUCAAAAACUUUUCGAAAUAGUUGCAUUUAUAAUUACUUAAUUCAUUACUUCCAUGUAAUCAUAUAAAUAAUCUUUAAGUAUUUAUAAAUACAAAGGCAAGAUAUUUAGGUUGUGCAAACCAAGAAAGCAAAUCUUUCAAUAAUGUAUUGUUGUAGUUGUACUAAUACAACAAUAUUUCAAAGCAUACAAUUAAAAUUCCAAAAGUAACACUUUUUAGUCCUAUUAAAAUUCGGACCCUUUAUUUUCACUGAUCGAUCUUCUUGAGUUGCAUAAAUAUUAUUUUCGAAACAGUGUGUUUAAAAUAUAUUCAUGCACUUGAAUUUAAAAAAUUUAAUUUAAUUUUUUAAAUAUAACUGUAUAUGAUACAUAUGUUCUUUUAUAUAUGUAUAUAAAAGUCAAAAAUGUUCGACAAGCUCAUUUAUUAAACCCAUUCCAAUACACCACCAAACUUUAAGUGCAUCAUGAUACAAUCCAUUCCCAAAUUAGACUGAUUCACCAUAAUAUAUAUAUAUAUGUACAUUUACAAUACCUUUUUUAUUCAUAUACACGCGUAUUAUCCUGAUAAAUUACUUUGUAAUCCAUGUCAAAAAAAA